AUGGCUCUGCCAAAGACUGCGAUCAAGGUCGCUCUGGACUGGACGCCAAACACGAUCCACAGUGGCUUAUUUAUAGCCAAAGAAGCAGGCAUUUACAGCAACCGUGGGCUCGAGGUCGAACUGCUGCCGCCUGACGAUGACUAUAGCAAGACACCUGCGAAGCGACUUGAGCAUGGCGAAGUGGAUUUGGCAAUCUGUCCGUCAGAAUCAUGUAUCGCGUAUCAUGAGUCUGGUAAGGUCAGGCUACAAGCUGUAUACGCGAUCCUGCAACGAGAUGCUUCAGCCAUUGUAUCAACGUCGCUUGCCCGCAUCAGCGAACUCGGAAGUGGCAAAACCUACGGCAGCUAUAACGCCCGCUAUGAAGAUGACAUUGUCCGAGCCAUGAUUCGCGCAGAUGGCGGAGACAGUACCGGCGUCAAGAUUGAACGACAGCAGGGUAAACUUAGCCUGUUCGAUGCGGUAAAGAAGGGCCAACUUGACGCAACCUGGAUCUUUAUGCCGUGGGAAGGCGUGGAGGCAGAGCUCAACAACGUCAAGUUGCACGCCUUUAAGCCGGAAGAUUACGGUGUUCCGUACGGCUACUCGCCGGUCAUCGCUCGGAACGCAGCUUCUUCGAAGCUCGAUGACGAAGCUCUGUGGAACUUCGUUGCGGCGACCAUGGAGGGCUAUCGGUACGCCGUCAACAGUGUUGAUCAAGCUGUGGAUGCCCUGAGCAGGCAUUGCAACCCACCUCGAUCAGAGGAGUUCCUUAGGAGGAGCCAGGAAGCCAUCAACGAGUACUAUUCUGAUGGCUCGACGUUGGGGAGGAUGUCGGCGCAGAAGUGGAAGGCCUGGAUUGAUUGGCUCAGUACGCACGAGAUGUUGAAGGGCAGUAGCAUUGACGCAGAACAGCUCUUCAAGAAUAUAUAA